CUCUCCAAACCAUAAAAAGGUCCACCCCGGCCCAUCUGGGCAAUUUCGUCAACCCAAAAAAAGAAGUGGCAAUUCCGAAACUCACACAAAACACCAUGGGCCACCUCAAACCCUACAACCAAUCAAAAAUCACUAGGCGAUUAGCUCAAUAAUACAUAUACAACCUUUGAUGCUUCAACGAAACCAGACCAUACGAAAGUACGAAAACUGAGUUUUUAUUGAUUGGGAUUGUGGGCUUUAAAAACCAACAGAGACGCAUGUCUCUGCUUCUUCCAUACGUGAUCCACACAUAAUUAUUGUUUGUUUCCCAGGAAAAUUUACAUUUUCUCUAUUUCGGAUCAUUGAAAAGGAAAAUCCGAGAUGAGUUUGACAGCAAUCUUAAGCUCCAUCGAUUGGCAAUAUGAAUCAUACCCAACAUACGAGGAUUUCUUAAUCCUUCCCUUCUUUGCUUUGUUGUUUCCCUCUGUUCGAUAUUUCCUAGAUAGAUUCAUCUUCGAGAAAGUGGCAAAUCGGUUAAUUUUUGGAAAGGGAAAUCAGAUGAAGGAUGUUGACGCAACCGAGAGAAUGAAGAAGAUGAGAAAAUUUAAGGAGUCAGCAUGGAAAUUCAUUUAUUAUCUUACAGCAGAGAUUUUCGCUUUAUCUGUAACUUAUAAUGAGCCUUGGUUUACCAAAACAAUAUGCUUUUGGGUAGGACCAGGAAAUCAGGUUUGGCCUGAUCAAAAAAUUAAGUUAAAAUUGAAGGUUUUGUAUAUGUUUGCUGCUGGAUUUUACACAUACUCCAUAUUUGCUCUGAUUUUCUGGGAAACAAGGCGUUCUGACUUUGGGGUGUCCAUGGGCCAUCAUUUUGCAACCCUAAUUCUCAUUGUGCUAUCUUUCAUUUAUAGGUUUGCCCGUAUUGGUUCAGUUGUUUUGGCUAUUCAUGAUGCUAGUGAUGUGUUUCUGGAGAUAGGGAAGAUGUCCAAAUACAGUGGUGCUGAAGCGCUAGCUAGCUUUGCAUUUAUUAUAUUUGUUUUUACCUGGAUCGUACUACGCCUCAUUUACUACCCAUUUUGGGUCCUUUGGAGUACUAGCUAUGAAGUUACCCUGACCUUGGACAAGGAAAAACACCCAGUAGAUGGACCAAUUUAUUAUUAUGUGUUCAAUACUCUUCUAUUUUGCUUGCUUGUUCUUCAUUAUUAUUGGUGGGUGUUGAUGUACCGGAUGCUUGUUAAGCAAAUCCAAGCAAGAGGCCAGAUUAGUGACGAUGUUCGAUCUGAUAGUGAAGAUGAGCAUGAGCAUCAAGAUUGAUCAAGGAACAAAAUUUAUGGCUACUAUGUAUGAUCAUUGCAAAGUUCCCCAUCUUUCUUCAAUUGAGAGAGAUCUUCUGUCAUUUCUCCUGCAGAUGAGAACCGCUUUUCUGAUGUGCUUUUUUUGCUAUAUUGAGAAACUUGUGGUUGGAGAACUUCCCUUGUAAUUGAGAGGGUCAUAAAUCAAUUUGAGAUCAGAUACAGAAGCAGGUUAGAGGGUAGCAAUUGGUGAGAAGUUUCAUUCUUCAUCUGAGAUUUUGGCCUAUGCAACUUGCCUCCUUAAGUUUGAGUUUGCAGCCAGGGAAAUGAUCUGUUGUAUAAGGGAGUUAACAGUAGCUUGUGAGUCAACUACUUGUACUGAAAGUCAGUCCUGCUGCCAAUUGUGAAAUUCUGUUAGUUCUGUUGAAAGUUUUGAUGAACCUUUUUGUAACUGUUGUUCUUUGACCUUAUUGUAGUCCAAUGUCUCCAAGGGUGAGUAGAUUUUGUCAAUAAUUUGCUUGGUUGUUGGUGUAAGCCGACUUACAAGUUUCUUACUUUUUAUUUUUCAUUCAUAUUAACUCAGAAAACACUUUUGCAUUU